AUAACACCAUUACGGACAUAAAUACUUGUUUGAUAAUGUUUUUCAUUUAAACUUGAUUUAUAUGAUAUUUUUUGCGUUGUUUCAUUGUCUAAAGUGAUUGUGAGUGGCUAUUAUAUAAAUUCCUAAUCGUAAGUGUCUUUAUCAGAACAUGGAGUGCGUAACGGUGUAAAUAUACAUUUUAAUUAUGUUGUAAACUUUAAGAAUUUCUAUAAAAUGUUUGGGUACAUGUUUAUAUACUAAAUUUUUCUUAUUUUGUGGCAUCUUAGAAUACAUUAUAUUUGAAAAUCAUAAAAGAACAGAAAGUGGAAAUAGCAAACAAAAUGGAAGAACGUUGUUGACACAGAAUAAAAAUACACUCAACGAUCUGGACGCUUUAGGAAAACAAUUCUUCAACAGCAGGUAUAUCAUAUUAAGAUGGCCGAGGGUGGUGGGGAGGUGCAGCAUGCAAUGUUUAAGCUUGGAGAUGGUAGAACCUCUCGUAGCAGUUGUCCUAUGUUUGAGCAUGAAGAUAUUUCCGUUGAAACUAGCAUUAUUUUAAACAAGUUGGGGUAUGGACAGGAGCUUAUACAAAAACGUCGGGACAGUUAUAGGAAAAAUGCCGAGUUUUUCACUGAACGGUUUAGCGAUUGCACAAUUUUUGCAGUAGGAAGUAAAGCAGACGGUAUUUCACGUUGUUACGAAAGUGAUACAGAUUUGUUGUACGUAAGAUCCCAAGUAGAAUGCGUGGAACUUGGGUAUGACAUAAACACAAUACCAGAGGACUCAUUCGUAUUCAGAAUGAAUACUCGGGUCUGUCACCCUGGGCAUUGCUUAUUGCUGCUUGAGCGAGGUAUCCCUUGGAUGUUUUUCCCAGCGUUUUGUGACGAUGGACAUGGGCAUAUCAUUCUUAGCAGUACUCUGUUUUUAGACAUUUUUAAGAAUACAAGUAAUUGGUUCCCAUGGAAGGUUAACCAUGCACGUGCGGGGCCGUCGCUGCCGUUUACAUUAGGACCAGCUAAAGUGGACGCAGUAAAUGCAUUACGCUGCCAUUGCCCAAGCAUAUUGCAUCGAUGGGCUGCAAGAUCUCGGCAUUGGCCAUCACCUGAUAUCGUUCAAAAGGUCGUAUCAAUGGGAGCGUUUGUUUCUCCUGUUGGGUUUAAAGCAAGUGAAAAUAAGGAUUUUGAAUGGAGGAUUUGUUUCAACACAGGGGAAACGGAACUUGUAACCAAUCUUAACAACACCCAGAUUAAAAUAUAUGUUAUUUUGAAAAUGAUUGCAAAAGAUGUUCUUCAACCACGAAAUAAAGAGAUAACAUCGUACUCAAUGAAAAACAUUGUAUUGUGGUUAGCAGAGAACAACCCGCAGAAAUUGUUCCAUCAGAGAAGUUUGUUUUACUGGCUACGCGAAUCUCUCUCGAAGAUUAGAGCUGCCAUAUCAACGAGACAGCUGCCAUACUAUAUGAUCCCAGAAAGGAACCUUAUGAAAGCGAGUGAGUUAACGGAUGAUCAGCAGAAAAUAUGGCUGGCAUCCAUUUCUGAGAUGAUUCACGAAGGUCCAAGGAUUUUAUUGAGAUUGCCGACUAUCCGUAUGGCCAUUAUCGCUUACCCAAUGCCACUAUUGUGGUACAACGAAAGGAGAACAGAGCUUGAGAUAGUGAUGUUAGAGGAGACCAGCAGACAUCUGUGGUGCAAAGAUCAGAACGGCGUAGAUAUUAGGGUGAAUAAGACAUUACAAUAUGCAUUACGCAUGCGUAGAACAUGGUUAUUGCUGGAGAUCGUACUUAUGUCUGGUGUGCCUUUAAAUAUAAGUGACUUGAUAAGCACACUAUAUAGAAUUUAUAUGUAACAAUGCAAAUAAACGUAUUCUGAUUUAAAUUGAAUUUAAGAAACCUGCAAUAUCUACAUAUUAAAGGUGAAAUGCCGUUCGCUUGAACCUUAAUUUAUCGAAUUGAGUACAAAAACGUGUUCGCCCCUCACUUCGAUUCAAUCACGAUUUUAUUAGCGAGAACGAUUACAAAACAGUCGCAAAUUUUCACACAUUGCGAUUUACUCGCCAUUUUCAUUCAAAGUUUCACGUAAAUUUUACACAUCUUAAUGCUCUCAAUAACGAACCGGUUUUAUAGGGAUUCGAAAGUGGUAUUUGUCGCAACUUUAACAGGAAAAAAUGGUGAAAAUGGAAAAUAAUAGUCCGUUUCAUCGCACAUGUAUGAGCCGGAAUUUAGUGAAUGUCGGUCAUAUUUGUCUGAAUCUGAUUCGAAGAAAGGAGUCUUUUGUCGAUGCUCAAGAUGGCCAUCAUGUUGAAAAUACUAUUUGGUAAAUAAAUUAUCGUCUUAUUGUGUUUACUGUCUGAACAAAACACAAUUUAAUGUUGAUUAAUUUAAUUUUCAUUCUAAAGUUCGACCGCGUUGAAUAUGACUUCGUUGUACGCUUCAUAAUCAUCAAUAUAGAACGGAUACUCGUAAUAGUUCUGAUUGGUUUAUUGAAACUUCAAUAAAACUUCCACUAUCAUUAAGUGAUGAGCUCAAAACAAGGGUAGAUAUUUGUAGAUAGGGUGCUGUUGAUAGUGAUUCGUGUUUUUGAUGUGAAGUUAAUUUAACUGGGGAGGGCUAAUCUCUUAUCUGAUACCAUGCUGUAGCUGCCACAAUCAACUUGAGAUAUACCCACAGAUAAGACACAUGUUAACACCCAAAUAGCCAUAUACUACAUGACACAAUUUAAAUAUAUGCGUUGAAUAAUACACAGCACUGGUAAAUAGUGUCAAUAUGAUAUCUCAAUUGGCAAAUUAGAUUAUAUUUGUGUCCGUUACGAAUGUGAAAAAUCCUUCCCUUUGUUGUUAAUUGUUUGAGAAAUCAAUACGUAUGUUUAUGAUCCAUGCACAUAACCCAUUGCAUAUUUCUUUUAUUGUAAAUAUUUCAUUAUAAAAUAAUGAAUGAUGUUAGCAGACAAUGUUAAUAUAUAAUUAUUAUAUAUAUUAUACAAGUAUGUGUUAUGUAAAACAACAUCUCAUGUUAUUAUAUAAUGUUACCAAAUAAACAUACAGGUGCUGCAAGUUAAGCGAGGAUGGCUCGGUGGGUGGUGUUGUACCUUAUGUAUGAAUUUAUGAUAUCAGUUUGUCAUAUCACUGUUUAUACUUGUUUAUAAACAUACUCAUAAUUGACUUGAAUUUAGUUCUGUUUUCAUGAGUAAAGAAGAUUAUUGAGGAUUAAUGUUAAUUUCAUAUUGUGUAGCUGAGAUUUCACGUAUUGAGUUAGCUAAAUUUUUAAAAUCGGCAUACCUCGCUGAUUAUCAUUGAUAAAGGUAAAGGAAGCUCGGUUCUUUCACGGACUCUAGAUGAGUCAUCAGUUGAGGCAUUGGACGGCUUAUUUUGAUGUUUUGUUAACCAAUAUCCAACACUGAUUUUUUGCGAAAAUAAAGUGUUUAUAAGUAACAAUUUUAUCAAGAUUUGCAUUUGUUGUUAAAAAAACAUGUCGAGUUAAAGCAGUCUUUGUUUUAUCAAAAUUUAAUGUUGCUAUUUGUAAUUUACGUCACCGCCACUACCGUCUGAGGCAAGUUUCAUUUAAGAAAGCAAUUUAUUAAACUCAUUUAAUUAAUAAAUAUCAAUAAAAAAUAUAAUGAAAUCAUGAAA